AUGGCUAUAUCUACUCGAUCUCUCGAGCACAGGAGUUUCUUACCCCCAUUCCAUGGAUUUACAGUGCCAGGACAUAAAUAUUGGCAACCCCCACCACAAUCAUGGUGCCUUUUGGGGCAGAAAAGUGCAAGGUCCCGAGUUCAAAGGACGGUUGAUAACGCAGUUUCACCUAUACCCGCUCUAUGCCUCUGGUUAGCGUCAAUGCAACUGAAUAAAGGAGCCAAAUCCAUGCUUUCCGCUGAGGAAUACUCAAGCAGAUGGCUGGAUUCUCAUAACAUUAUUUGCCUAUCUCCACCAGGUUCGCUAUUGUUACGGAGCAGCUUGUGGCUUGGCCCAUUCCUGUCAACAACCGCUAGAAUAGCAGUUCCUGAAUCGUUUGAAUGUCACGAUGGGUGGAUGCCAUUGGUGGAGGUCUCUGACGAACAAUCCGAUACGGUCUUGGUGACCGGCGAAAAAUAA